UAGUUCAGCUGAGGCCGGUAGGUUUUUCAGGCCUAGCGUGUCUUUGCAAGUUGUGCAGAUCCUUCGUGCUAGUCCGGCAUCCCAGAGAGCGAUAAUUGGCUACAGCUCCCUUAUAUGGGCAGGGUCUGGACCAGUGCUAAUUGGUCCAUACUUGUGUCAAUCACCAUUACAAGGACUUGUGGGUAACACGUGACCCAAGGACCUCCAAAAGGUCCUCCAACAUACCAUAGAGGAUAUUAACAUGGUCACAUGACCGAAGGUCCUGCGACGCUAAACAAGGGUGAAAUUGCUUGGAAGAUGCCCGUUCUGCAGGUGUUCAGCGUGGUUCUGCUUGGCAUAGCCUUAGUGUACUCCACUGAGAUAUGUUAUGAGACAGACUAUGCCAUCAUCAAGUGCGGACCACCAGGAAAAGAUGGGCUACCUGGCACACCUGGCAUAAAUGGGUUAAAUGGGGAAAAGGGAGAGCGAGGUCCAAUAGGACCAGCUGGGCUUCCUGGUCUUGAUGGACGUCCAGGACCAAAAGGUGAACAGGGACCACAAGGGGAGAAAGGCGAACAAGGAGAUAUUGGAGCUUCAGAGCUUGAAGAUCUUAAACUCCAACUGGAUCUUUUGGAUGGAAGAGUUGUGAAAAUGCAGUCCAACCUGGUAUCGCUGAGGAAAGCUGCUUUCGCAUUUUCUAAAGGUGCAAAGAUAGCUGGUGACAAGAUCUACAUUUCAAAUGGUACACAGGCCGUCUAUGGCGUAGGCAAGGUAACUUGUAACAUGGCAGGAGGUCAACUGGCUUCACCGCAGAACAACGACGAGAACAAAGCCGUGCUAACCAUCCGUACCCAGUAUGGAGUUUCCCCUUUUCUAGGAAUAAAUGACAUCGUGAUUGAGGGCAAAUUUACAUAUCCAAAUGGUGAAGCCAUAAUCUACACAAACUGGUCCCCCGGUGAACCCAAUAAAGAUGGAGCGGAGAACUGUGUGGAAAUGUUUGAUACUGGAAAAUGGAAUGAUAAGUCUUGUGGAGAAAAACGUCUUGUCAUCUGUGAAUUUUAGUCAUUUUGUUUCUGUGUUACAUAUGUAAUGAUAAUAUUUCAAUCACGAAUGUGUCUUUCCAUAUAAAAUACGAAUUAAAGAACUUAGCAUAAAGAUCUGUAUGAAUCAUAUGAAAACACAAUUUUUUGUCCAAUAAAUACUAUAAUAAAUACAUGAUAGCUCUUUUGAU